GACAUGGCCGCGCACAAGCCGGUGGAGUGGGUCCAGGCCGUGGUCAACCGCUUCGACGAGCAGCUUCCAAUAAAAGCCGGACAGCAGAACACGCACACCAAAGUCAGUACUGAACACAACAAGGAGUGUCUUAUCAACAUUUCCAAAUACAAGUUUUCUCUGGUUAUAAGUGGUCUCACCAAUAUACUGAAGAAUGUUAAUAAUAUGAGAAUAUUUGGAGAAGCCGCCGAAAAGAAUUUGUAUCUCUCUCAAUUGAUUAUAUUGGAUACACUGGAAAAAUGUCUUGCUGGGCAACCAAAGGACACGAUGCGAUUGGAUGAGACUAUGCUGGUCAAGCAGCUGCUGCCGGAAAUCUGCCAUUUUAUCCACACCUAUCGGGAAGGAAACCAACAUGCAGCUGAACUGCGGAAUUCUGCCUCGGGAGUUCUCUUCUCUCUCAGCUGUAAUAACUUCAAUGCAGUCUUCAGCCGUAUUUCCACCAGGUUACAGGAACUGACUGUGUGCUCAGAAGAUAAUGUUGAUGUCCAUGAUAUAGAAUUGUUACAGUACAUCAAUGUGGACUGUGCAAAGCUGAAGCGACUGCUGCAGGAGACAGCAUUUAAGUUUAAAGCCCUUAAAAAAGUAGCUCAGCUGGCAGUUAUAAACAGUCUGGAAAAAGCAUUUUGGAACUGGGUAGAGAACUAUCCUGAUGAAUUUACAAAGUUGUACCAGACUCCCCAGACAGACAUGGCUGAUUGUGCUGAAAAGUUGUUUGACUUGGUGGAUGGCUUUGCUGAAAGCACGAAACGUAAAGCAGCAGUUUGGCCACUGCAAAUCAUUCUUCUUGUCCUGUGCCCAGAAAUAAUUCAGGAUAUAUCCAAGGAUGUUGUGGAAGAAACCAAAAUAAAUAAGAAACUGUUUCUGGAAAAUCUCAGAAAAGCACUCGCUGGCCAUGGCGGAAGUAGACAGCUGACUGAAAGUGCUGCUAUUGCUUGUGUCAAAUUGUGCAAAGCAAGUACCUACAUCAACUGGGAAGAUAACUCUGUCAUUUUCCUAUUAGUACAGUCCAUGGUGGUUGAUCUUAAGAACCUGCUGUUUAAUCCAACUAAACCCUUCUCAAGAGGCAACCAGAAUGCAGAUGUGGAUCUAAUGAUUGACUGUUUAGUUUCUUGUUUUCGCAUAAACCCUCACAACAACCAACACUUUAAGAUCUGCUUGGCCCAGAGUUCUCCAUCCACAUUUCAUUACGUGCUGGUAAAUUCACUCCAUCGAAUUAUCACAAAUUCUGCUCUGGAUUGGUGGCCCAAGAUUGAUGCGGUAUACUGCCAUUCAGUUGAACUCCGCAGCAUGUUUGGUGAAACGCUUCACAAAGCAGUGCAGGGCUGUGGAGCACAUCCAGCAAUACGAAUGGCCACGAGUCUUACAUUCAAAGAAAAAAUGACAAGUCUUAAAUUUAAAGAAAAACCUACAGACUUGGAAACAAGAAGUUAUAAAUAUCUCCUGUUGUCCAUGGUGAAACUAAUCCAUGCUGAUCCAAAGCUGUUGCUCUGUAAUCCGAGGAAACAAGGGCCUGAAACCCAGGGCAGUACAGCAGAAUUAAUCACAGGACUUGUCCAGCUUGUUCCCCAGUCAAACAUGCCAGAAAUAGCCCAAGAAGCCAUGGAGGCUUUGUUGGUUCUUCAUCAGUUAGAGAGUAUUGAUUUAUGGAAUCCCGAUGCACCUAUAGAAACAUUUUGGGAGAUUAGUUCUCAAAUGCUUUUUUACAUCUGCAAGAAGCUAACUAGUCACCAGAUGCUUAGCAGCACAGAAAUUCUCAAAUGGCUGCGGGAAAUUUUGAUCUGCAGGAAUAAAUUCCUUCUUAAAAAUAAGCAGUCAGAUAGGAGUUCCUGCCACUUCCUUUUCCUUUAUGGGGUAGCAUGUGACGUCUCUUCUGGUGGGGGUGCUAGUCAAAUCUCUCUAGACCAUGAAGAGUUAAUACGCACCUGUACUCCGGGAGCAUCCCUCAGGAAGGGAACAGGAAACUCAUCCAUGGACAGUACAGCCGGAUGCAGCGGAACUCCAAUAUGCCGCCAAGCUCAGACUAAGCUAGAAGUUGCUCUCUACAUGUUCCUGUGGAGCCCCGACAUCGAGGCCGUCCUUGUGGCCAUGUCCUGUUUCCGCCACCUCUGCGAAGAAGCUGACAUUAGGUGUGGGGUAGAUGAAGUUUCCGUGCAUAAUUUCUUGCCGAACUACAAUACCUUCAUGGAGUUUGCCUCCGUCAGCAAUAUGAUGUCUACAGGAAGAGCGGCACUUCAGAAAAGGGUGAUGGCAUUGUUGAGACGAAUUGAACAUCCAACUGCCGGCAACACUGAGGCAUGGGAAGACACUCAUACGAAAUGGGAACAAGCUACGAAGCUAAUCCUUAACUAUCCAAAAGCCAAAAUGGAAGAUGGCCAGGUAACCGAAAGUCUUCACAAGACCAUUGUAAAGCGGCGAAUGUCUCACGUGAGCGGGGGCGGAUCCAUCGAUUUGUCCGACACGGACUCCCUGCAGGAGUGGAUCAAUAUGACGGGCUUCCUUUGCGCUCUCGGUGGGGUCUGCCUGCAGCACCGCGGCAACGCGGGCUUGGCCACCUACAGCCCACCCAUGGGCCCGGUCAGCGAGCGAAAGGGUUCCAUGAUUUCGAUGGUAUCCACCGAAGGGAACACGGAGACGCCCGUCAGCAAGUUCAUGGACCGGUUGCUCUCCCUGAUGGUGUGCAACCACGAGAAAGUGGGACUCCAAAUACGGACGAAUAUUAAGGACUUGGUGGGUCUCGAAUUAAGCCCCGCACUUUAUCCGAUGCUGUUUAACAAGUUGAAGAACACCAUCAGCAAGUUUUUCGACUCUCAAGGGCAGGUGCUGCUGAACGAUACCAAUACCCAAUUUGUCGAGCAGACCAUAGCGAUAAUGAAGAACUUGCUGGAUAAUCACACCGAAGGCAGCUCGGAACACCUGGGACAAGCUAGCAUAGAAACAAUGAUGCUCAAUCUAGUCAGGUAUGUUCGUGUGCUUGGGAAUUUGGUACAUGCGAUUCAGAUUAAAACUAAACUGUGCCAGUUAGUUGAAGUAAUGAUGGAGAGGCGUGAUGAUCUUUCGUUUUGCCAAGAAAUGAAAUUUAGGAACAAGAUGGUGGAAUAUCUGACAGACUGGGUCAUGGGGACAUCGAACCAAGCAACAGAUGAAGAUGUAAAAUGUUUAACAAGAGAUUUGGACCAGGCAAGCAUGGAAGCAGUUGUGUCUCUUCUUGCUGGACUCCCCCUGCAACCUGAAGAAGGAGAUGGAGUGGAAUUGAUGGAAGCCAAGUCCCAGUUAUUUCUUAAGUAUUUCACUUUGUUCAUGAACCUUCUCAAUGACUGCAGUGAGGUUGAAGAUGAAAACGCCCAAACGGGAGGCAGGAAACGUGGGAUGUCUCGAAGACUGGCUUCCCUGAGGCACUGUACUGUGCUUGCUAUGUCAAACUUGCUCAACGCUAAUGUGGACAGCGGCCUUAUGCACUCCAUAGGUUUAGGUUAUCACAAAGAUCUCCAAACGAGAGCCACGUUCAUGGAAGUCCUCACGAAAAUUCUCCAGCAGGGCACCGAGUUCGACACGUUAGCAGAGACCGUGUUGGCCGACCGGUUCGAGAGGCUGGUGGAAUUAGUCACGAUGAUGGGUGAUCAAGGAGAGCUUCCCAUAGCAAUGGCCCUGGCCAACGUGGUGCCUUGUUCACAGUGGGAUGAGCUAGCUCGCGUUCUCGUCACUCUCUUUGAUUCACGCCACUUACUCUACCAGCUGCUUUGGAACAUGUUUUCUAAGGAAGUGGAGCUGGCAGAUUCCAUGCAGACUCUCUUCAGGGGGAACAGCCUGGCCAGUAAAAUAAUGACAUUCUGUUUUAAGGUUUAUGGUGCUACGUAUCUGCAAAAGCUUUUGGAACCUUUAUUGAGGACUGUCAUCACGUCGAUGGAAUGGCAGCACGUCAGCUUUGAGGUGGAUCCUACAAGGUUAGAGCCUACAGAAAGCCUUGAUGAUAACCAACGAAGUCUCUUACAAAUGACUGAAAAGUUCUUCCAUGCUAUCAUCAAUUCCUCCUCAGAGUUUCCCCCUCAGCUUCGCAGCGUGUGCCACUGUUUGUACCAGGCAACUUGCCACUCUCUACUGAAUAAAGCUACAGUAAAAGAAAAAAAGGAAAACAAAAAAUCAGUGGUUAGCCAGCGUUUUCCUCAGAACAGUAUUGGUGCAGUAGGAAGUGCCAUGUUCCUCAGAUUCAUCAAUCCUGCCAUUGUCUCGCCGUAUGAGGCUGGGAUCUUAGAUAAAAAGCCUCCACCUAGAAUUGAGAGGGGCUUGAAGUUAAUGUCAAAGAUACUUCAGAGUAUCGCCAAUCACGUCCUGUUCACAAAAGAAGAGCAUAUGAGGCCUUUUAAUGAUUUUGUGAAGAGCAACUUUGAUGCAGCCCGAAGGUUUUUCCUCGAUAUAGCGUCUGAUUGUCCUGCAAGUGAUUCAGUAAAUCACAGCCUCUCCUUCAUCAGUGACGGCAAUGUGCUUGCUUUACAUCGUUUGCUCUGGAACAACCAAGAAAAGAUCGGCCAAUAUCUUUCCAGCAACAGGGACCACAAGGCUGUUGGACGACGACCCUUUGACAAGAUGGCUACACUUCUUGCGUACCUGGGCCCUCCUGAGCACAAGCCCGUAGCAGAUACCCACUGGUCCAGCCUGAAUCUGACCAGCUCCAAAUUUGAGGAGUUCAUGACAAGACACCAGGUACAUGAAAAAGAAGAAUUUAAAGCAUUGAAAACAUUAAAUAUCUUCUAUCAAGCAGGGACUUCCAAGGCCGGGAAUCCAGUUUUUUAUUACAUUGCACGGAGGUUCAAGACCGGUCAGAUCAAUGGGGAUUUGCUGAUAUACCAUGUCUUGUUAACUCUGAAGCCAUAUUAUGCCAAGCCAUAUGAGAUCGUCGUGGACCUUACCCACGCGGGCCCCAGCAAUCGCUUUAAAACAGACUUUCUCUCCAAGUGGUUUGUCGUUUUCCCUGGCUUUGCUUAUGAAAAUGUGUCUGCCGUUUACAUCUACAACUGUAAUUCUUGGGUCAGGGAGUACACCAAAUACCACGAGAGAUUACUGACGGGCCUCAAAGGCAGCAAGAGACUCAUUUUCAUAGACUCGCCUGGAAAAUUGGCCGAGCACAUCGAGCACGACCAGCAGAAACUGCCGGCUGCCACUUUGGCUUUAGAAGAGGAUUUGAAGGUGUUCCACAAUGCUCUCAAACUGGCCCACAAAGACACCAAGGUUUCUAUUAAAGUUGGCUCGACCGCUGUUCAGGUCACAUCAGCCGAACGAACGAGGGUCUUGGGGCAGUCGGUUUUUCUGAACGACAUCUACUACGCUUCAGAGAUCGAGGAGAUCUGCCUCGUGGAUGAAAACCAGUUCACUUUGACCAUUGCUAACCAAGGCACUCCACUCACCUUCAUGCACCAGGAGUGCGAAGCCAUCGUUCAGUCCAUCAUCCACAUACGGACACGGUGGGAGCUGUCUCAACCCGACUCCAUCCCCCAGCACACGAAAAUCCGGCCGAAGGAUGUCCCUGGAACACUCCUGAAUAUCGCGUUGCUUAAUCUGGGCAGCUCAGACCCUAGUUUACGGUCAGCUGCCUAUAAUCUUCUGUGUGCCUUAACCUGUACCUUUAAUUUAAAGAUUGAGGGCCAGUUGCUAGAGACUUCAGGUCUGUGUAUCCCUGCCAACAACACCCUUUUUAUUGUCUCUAUUAGUAAGACCUUGGCAGCUAAUGAGCCACACCUCACUCUGGAGUUUUUGGAAGAGUGUAUUUCUGGAUUUAGCAAAUCUAGUAUUGAGCUGAAGCACCUAUGCUUAGAAUAUAUGACUCCCUGGCUCUCAAAUCUUGUGCGUUUCUGUAAACACAAUGAUGAUGCCAAACGCCAGCGAGUCACUGCCAUCCUUGACAAGCUCAUAACAAUGACGAUUAAUGAGAAACAGAUGUAUCCAUCUAUCCAAGCCAAGAUCUGGGGAAGUCUUGGACAGAUUACAGAUCUGCUCGAUGUCGUACUGGACAGUUUCAUCAAAACCAGUGCAACUGGUGGCUUGGGGUCAAUAAAGGCUGAGGUGAUGGCAGACACAGCCGUAGCUCUUGCUUCCGGAAAUGUGAAACUGGUUUCGAGUAAGGUCAUCGGGAGAAUGUGCAAAAUAAUCGACAAGACCUGCCUGUCGCCAACUCCCACCUUAGAACAACACCUCAUGUGGGAUGAUAUUGCCAUCCUUGCCCGAUACAUGCUGAUGCUGUCCUUUAACAACUCUCUUGACGUGGCAGCCCACCUGCCGUAUCUCUUCCAUGUUGUUACUCUGUUGGUGGCCACUGGUCCUCUGUCCCUUAGAGCUUCCACUCACGGACUGGUUAUCAACAUCAUUCAUUCUCUGUGCACCUGUUCACAGCUUCAUUUCAGUGAGGAGACCAAGCAAGUGUUGAGGCUCAGCUUGACAGAGUUCUCGUUACCCAAGUUUUAUUUGCUGUUUGGCAUCAGCAAAGUCAAGUCGGCAGCUGUCAUAGCCUUCCGAUCCAGUUACCGGGACAGGUCGUUCUCACCCGGUUCCUACGAGAGGGAGACGUUUGCCUUGACAUCCCUGGAGACUGUGACAGAGGCUCUGCUGGAAAUUAUGGAGGCUUGUAUGAGAGAUAUUCCAACGUGCAAGUGGCUGGACCAAUGGACGGAACUAGCACAAAAAUUUGCAUUCCAGUAUAAUCCGUCACUCCAGCCAAGAGCUCUUGUUGUCUUUGGUUGUAUCAGCAAAAGGGUAUCUCAUGGUCAGAUAAAACAGAUUAUUCGUAUUCUCAGCAAGGGACUUGAGAGCUGUCUAAAGGGACCUGAUAAUUACAACAGUCAAGUUCUGAUAGAAGCCACAGUAAUAGCACUGACCAAAUUACAGCCACUUUUGAAUAAGGAUUCUCCUAUGCACAAAGCCCUCUUUUGGGUGGCUAUGGCUGUGUUGCAGCUGGAUGAAGUUAACUUGUAUUCAGCUGGGACAGCACUUCUUGAGCAGAAUCUGCACACAUUAGAUAGUCUCCGGGUAUUCAAUGACAAGAGUCCAGAAGAAGUCUUCAUGGAAAUCCGGAAUCCGCUUGAAUGGCACUGCAAACAAAUGGAUCAUUUUGUUGGACUCAAUUUUAACUCUAAUUUUAAUUUUGCACUAGUAGGCCACCUUUUAAAAGGAUACAGGCAUCCAUCUCCCAUCAUUGUUGCAAGAACAGUAAGGAUCUUACACACACUACUAGCUCUGGUUAACAAACAUAGGAACUGUGACAAAUUUGAAGUGAAUACCCAGAGUGUGGCGUACUUAGCAGCUUUGCUUACAGUGUCUGAGGAAGUGCGAAGUCGCUGCAGCCUAAAACAUAGGAAAUCACUCCUGCUGACUGAUGUCUCUAUGGAAAAUGUUCCUAUGGACACAUAUCCCAUCCAUCACAACGAUCCCAGUUGUAGGACACUAAAGGAAAAUCAACCAUGGUCUUCCCCAAAGGGCUCUGAGAGACAUCUCGCCGCCAGCUACCCGACUGUUGGGCAGACCAGCCCCCGAACCCGGAAGUCCAUGAGUUUGGAUAUGGGACAGCCUUCCCAGGCCAACACUAAGAAGCUGCUUGGAACCAGGAAAAGCUUUGACCACUUGAUAUCAGACACAAAGGCUCCCAAAAGGCAAGAAAUGGAAUCUGGGAUCACCACCCCUCCCAAAAUGAGGAGAGUGGCCGAGAAUGACUAUGAAAUGGAAACCCAGAGGAUCUCUUCACCCCAACAGCACCCACACCUGCGCAAAGUUUCUGUGUCUGAAUCAAAUGUACUUCUGGAUGAAGAAGUUCUAACGGAUCCCAAAAUCCAAGCCCUGCUGCUUACUGUCCUGGCUACACUGGUAAAAUACACUACAGAUGAGUUUGAUCAACGGAUCCUUUAUGAAUAUUUAGCCGAGGCCAGUGUUGUCUUCCCUAAAGUUUUUCCAGUUGUGCACAAUCUGUUGGACUCCAAGAUUAAUACCCUCCUGUCGCUAUGCCAAGAUCCAAAUCUACUGAAUCCGAUCCAUGGGAUCGUGCAGAGCGUGGUCUAUCAUGAAGAGUCGCCACCACAAUACCAAACCUCCUACCUACAAAGUUUUGGUUUUAAUGGCUUGUGGAGGUUUGCGGGACCAUUUUCUAAGCAAACCCAAAUUCCAGACUAUGCUGAGCUGAUCGUGAAGUUUCUCGAUGCCUUGAUCGACACGUAUUUGCCUGGAAUUGAUGAAGAAGCCAGUGAGGAGUCCUUACUCACCCCCACCUCUCCUUACCCUCCAGCAGUGCAGAGCCAGCUGAGCAUUACUGCUAAUCUUAACCUUUCUAAUUCCAUGACCUCACUUGCAACUUCUCAGCAUUCCCCAGGCAUUGACAAGGAGAAUGUGGAGCUGUCUCCGACCACUGGCCACUCCAACAGUGGGAGGACGCGUCAUGGGUCCGCAAGCCAAGUGCAGAAGCAGCGAAGCGCCGGCAGUUUCAAACGUCACAGUAUCAAGAAGAUCGUGUGAAGCUUUUUUUCCUCCUCUCUUCUUCUCCUCGCCCCCCUCCCUCCCCCUUUUCGUUUUUUUUUCUUUUUUCGGAAAACAGACUUAACCGUAUGUGGGCUUCUCACUAGUGACCACUCCCGCCACCACCUCCAGUCGUGAUGCUGCACUUUCCACAUUGCCAUUCGGUCAGCCACGUUGCCAGACGAUCAACUCUUGAAGCAGUGCCCGGCUCGAAUGUCCCCUUUUCUUCCUCGAUUCCACCGUCCGUCCCUCCCUCCACACAACCGUUAGUGUCAUCCUGUUGGUUUAAGCCAGUGUUUCUGAACAACUCCAGUGAGCAGUUGGAAGAUUAGGAAACUUGGAAAAGGAUCUUUUAAAUGAGGGGAGAGGCUAGGGUUUUUUGAACAGUGCUCUUGAGGUUUGAAAGCCAUUUGUCAUAUAGUUCGACCUUGCUUCUCUCCUUCACCCCGUUUGUCUUCUAAAGAAAAGUGAUGGUCGUAUUUGCACACUUUUCUAGUUAGCGGCUUUCUGGAAAAAAAAAAAUGGCGUGACCCCACUUUACUUCAGUCUGAUUCUUUGUCAAGGACUUUUUUUCCACUAUCCAAAGUCGAAAGAAUCCCAGGCAUUGUGCCUCGAUGGCAUGUCACGCUGUAAGCCAAACCAGAAGAGGUACUUUUAAGAAGACUGUGCAUUUUGUUGUAUGUUCUUGAGAAAAUAUUUCUUGGGCUUUAGCAAUAAUUACAAGAGGGAGAAGUGUUCUCGCACACAUCUUUCCAUUCCCCAACUCUAAAGUCGACCUGCCUGGGGCUGAAUAGAAGACCUGGUGGAAUGCACGCUGGGGCGGGCUGGUUCUGGUAUUUUUUCCCCAGAUAUUCCUCUGUUAAACUUUGAAUUUACAAACACAGUUCUGCUGUGAAUUCAGGCCAGUCAAAACGGAGCAUGCCUACAUGUUUCUACCUGUCCCUUCCUCUUCUCCUUCCUCCUGCUUAAUGCCGUCUCAGAUUCCCGUCUGCAACUAAUUCCAGGAUAGCCUGUGAAGUCGGAGGUGGAGAUUACCAAAAGGGAAUUCUCAUCUACGUUGGCAUUUAAUUAAGGAAAUUUCGAUCUCCCCUCCCAGUGAGCAUGUGCUCUUGAGCGCAGUGAAAAUGGUACGAGAUUUUUUUUUUUUGGAGGGGGUGAUUAACUGACACUCCUGCUUUCCUUUACUGAAAUGCAGCCUCAGACAGCGUAUGCAGUGCAAUUUAUGUUAGCGAUUUUCAUGGUAAGUUGUGUUGUGGAAUUGUAGUUCGAAUUUGGGGAAAAAACAAACAGAAAAAAAAAAACGUAGCGGGGUGGGGCGUGGAGUUGAUGCUGACUUGAGACUGCAUCCAUUCACUGUGAAAGCCCGGUCACCCUGUAGUAGAGAAGUAGCAAGGCGGGGCGAAGAGGUGCUGCCCAUGCCCCGGCUCUGCCGGACGGUUGGCAAACAGCCCCAAGAGACUCAAGACUCAAGACUGGGGUGUUUUGAAAUCCCCCUGACAGUCGAGGGUUCAACUUUAGGGCUACGGUUACGUUUACUGCAAAAGGUAUCGUCGGCCUCCCAGCACCGGGUCCCUGGCGCGUGCACGUCCGUACUUUUAACACUUCACGAAAGGCUCUGGAGGCAAGAAAUCCCUUUGGGCGGUUUAUUUUGUGUUUGGUUUUCUGUUUGUUUCCUUCCUCUAGUGCUCCCUCAUUAGUGGCUCUUAGUGAACCCGAUUCCACAGCUAAGUUAAUAGAGAAUGGUACAAGUAAGUGUUCAGAUUUUAAUAAUAUAGCACAUAAUCCACAUUUACUCACAAAGUAACAGCGUAACAAGUUGAUGUAAAUAAAAACUUGCCUUUAUUGUAUUCUGAGAAUAACGGUUUUUCUUUUUAUUUGUUUACAGUCCUGGAAAAACUAUGAACACAAACUUAAUAUGCAAAUAGUUUGCCAAAAUAAGAGAGGACGUAGCGUUAGUUAUAUCGAAGUAGGUAGCGUGGGGAAAUACUGACGACUUGUGCAAUUUCAGCAAACUUUUUCCAACGGGAAAUUCUUGAUCCUAUAGAAGCUGCAGUAGAAAUGUAAUCAUUCAGAGGGCCUAACCCGACGAAGGCGCUAGGUAGGAGCAUUUAGAACUGGAUUUUGGAAUAGGCCAGUGACCCGUGGCCAGGUACUGAACUAUCGUGUGUGUAUGCCCUCUUGGUUCUCCCACCCAGCUGGUUAGGUGCUAGUCCCGAUCAAUCAGUGUAAGACUUCGAUGAUUUUCAUUCAGGCUCAUCUUAGGUAGUUUUUUCUAAGAGUUUAGGUAUCUGAGGAUGAAGACUAGGAUGCUGUUUAAUUCUUCCUUCGAAAGAGAAUUUGAACAAUUUGCCAUGCUCGAUUAUGCUAGAGAAAAUGUUAGCUUUUUAACCCAUUUGACUUGUUCCCGCCCCGUGCCCGUUUUCUAAGGCACUGAUUCCCUAACUUUGAUUUAAGGAUUCAUUCCCCUCAGCGUUCUCUCGUGUCAGGUGAUGAAUGUGGCCCGGAUCAGAAGUGAAGUGCACCAAAGUUUAUGUGAUUGACAAGCGUUUAUCUUAGGGAACUGAAAACCAAUUUAGGUGCAGGAUAUCUCCAAUCGCAUAACAGUGCCGGGACAACUGAGGGAAACUAAGAUUUUUCCAGGUGACUAAAACGAAUGUUGUGUAAGUUUGGCCACGAAAUGGAACUUUCUCACAAAUCUUCUUCCGUGAACAAAUUAAACCAUUUUUUUCAGACCUGGUACUUGAAAUCUAUUGUUUGACUAUUUGAAUCUUAGAGCAUGUUACUCGUUGUGCAUUACCCAAGACGUAUAAAAUCCAAAAAAAAAGAAAAAAAGAAACCAUUAAUAAUUUCCCUUGUUUUCCUUUUUGAAGGGAAGGGAGGCUAACUCAGUUAUAUUGUAAUAGUGCAUAACCUAUUAAACCAAUGGCUCAACUCUCAUUUGCAUGCACUUAUUUUCAGUAAAAGAGAAAUAUUUUGUUAGGUUUUGGGAACUGAGCUUUUGGGAAAAGUUGCCAUCGCUCUACCCCUAACUGAUCGGUAGGUUUUUAGGGCUUUCUGUUCUAGGGUUUUAUUUUACUUUUGAUUUUUUACUUUAUUUUUCCAGACGUAUUGAAGCAUGUCUUAUUAAAAUGUUAUGCAACAGACUUACCACUGAAAGGUCACUCAGUGUCAGCCACAUGAUUUUUUUUUAAUGCAGUAUAUUCACCUGUAAAUAGUUUUUGUGUAAAAUUUGACAGAAAAGUAUAUUUACUACACUGUAAAUACAUGUGACGAUAUAUUGUAUUAUUUUGCUUUUUUGUAAAGCAGUUAGUUGCUGUACAUGGAUAACAUACAAAUUUGAUUAUUCUCGUGUUAGUAUCGUUAACUUCUGUCUCCUUCCCGCGACUGCGUUGUCAUUUAAAGAAAUGCUGUGUACUAUAAACUUACAUGGUGUAUGAUCACUUCCUCCUCUUUCCAUCUCGGCCUAAACUUUGACAAUGUUUCCUUAUCUACAAUCCUGUUAAAACCGUAAGCGAACGUUACGCCAGCAGGGGAAAUACUGCCGAAAAAAAGCCAGAAUUGGUCGUUGUAGGUAAGACUGUAGAAGUCACGGUCUCAAACCAUUGUUGUUCUCCACCCCAUUACCUUCCUCAUGUAUGUACUUCCCCUUUUUUUGGAAGUAAAUUGUAAAUUCAGCCUA